AUGCAAUUAAGUUCAAGUAUAUUACUGGCGCUCGCUUACCAAAUGGUAACUGUAUCUGCUUUCAACUCUACAUAUGAGAUGACCGCUGCCGAUCAAACUACAAUGCUAGACGAAACCAACAGAUUAAGAGCCUUACAUGUCGACACAGGCUCAUUGACAUGGAGUAACACUCUAGCUGGUUACGCUCAAGAUUACGCCGCUAAGUACGACUGUUCCGGUGUCCUAACUCAUUCCAAAGGUGAUUAUGGUGAAAAUUUGGCCAUUGGAUACAGUGUUUUAGGAGCUGCGGACGGUUGGUACAAUGAAAUUAAAAACUACAAUUACUCUGAUCCAGGGUUCUCUUCUAAGACUGGCCAUUUCACUCAACUUGUAUGGCAAGACAGUACUGAGGUUGGUUGUGCCAUUAAAUACUGUGGUGAUGUCUGGCACAACUAUAUUGUUUGUGAGUACGACCCUGCUGGUAAUUACCUCGGCGAAUUUGCCGAUCAAGUUAAACCGUUGAUCUCGAGUCUCGAAACCGUUCCUGCCGCUAAUGAAUCCCCAUUAUCCUCCUCUUCUACCUCUUCUUCUUCAUCUACCUCCGAAACUUCUUCGACUUCCACAUCAUCUACUAUUGAAUCCUCCUCCUCCUCUACUGCCUCCACUUCUUCUGAUUCUAGCUCUUUAAGUUCAUCAUCUUCAAGUAACUCCAAAUCUUCCAGUUCUUCUAGUUUGAUUACUUCAACUACUUCUGUAUCCAAAAACCUACGUGAUGCUAUUUCAGUCUCUGCUACAGUCAAAUCAAACAGUGCUAACUUCAACAGUAACGUAACUUCUUCCACUGAAGAAGCUACUUCUCUAGAAACAUCUUCCAAUGACGCUACUGCUACAAUUUCUGGUACUAACGCUAACGGUAUUGAUGCCAUCUCUACCGCCAGAGUCUCUGUUGUCACUGACACUGUUCAUGCUAAGAGAACAACUACUCAAGUCGUCACACACUGUUUUGACAAUGUCUGUACUGAAGCUACUAUGGUUGCUACUAUUGACGUCGUACCUGCUACCACUACAGGAACUAACAACAAUGCCGUUGAUGCUAUUGCAGCUGAUGCCUCCGAACAAACUGUCACCAUUGUCAACGAAGAAGGUACCAUUACAACCACAGUCAAAUGUUCUACUGCUACUGCUGCUUCUAACGUCGACGCCGAAGCUGCUACUAUAGUUUCUGAUGCUACUACUACUACUAUUCCAGCUCAAGCCAUCACCACUAUCACUAAGAGUGCCGAAAAUGAUGUUGCUGCCACUACUAGUACUGCCGAAGUCGAUAGUGCUAGUCAAUCUCAAGUUUACUCAAAUACCACCACUGUUCUAUACGGUAACACCACCGAGACUACUGUGACAACUGUUACCCGUAAGACCACUAAAGUAUCCACUUUGCCAUGUUCUAAAUGUACUGCUACCACUAUAAAAUCUUCCAGUAGUAUAACAGAACAAGAAGCUCAAGUUACAAUUGCUGAACAACAACCUUCGAUGACUAGUUCUAUCAUUAGUCAUUCAUCUGUUGCCAACAAUACUUCAUCUGUUAAAUCCAUUGAAGCAUACCAAGGUGUUGCUGCUCAUGUAACUGGCUGGAACAGUUUUUCAUUAGCAAUUGUAUUAUCUGCACUAUUAUUGUAA